AUGGGAGCUACAGAAGAGAAUCAAAAUGUGUUUGCCUCAGCGGCCGGCGAGGAAAUGGCCUUGGAACAUCUGGGCUACAAACAGGACAUGAUUGGGUUCAGCUUCAGUAUCGUCACUUGCUGGACAGCCCUUAGCGGAGUCUUCAUCAUCGGGGUCAAAGCCGGCGGACCCCCUGUCAUGGUAUUUGGCUGGAUUGGCGUCUGCGUCGUCACCUUGACCGUCGCCUUGUCCAUGGCCGAGAUGUGCUCGCGGUGGCCCGUCGCUGGAGGCCAGCUAUGGUUUAUGCUUACCGGCAUCUUGGCUAUGGGCGCCGUCAACAACUCCGUCGCAUCCAACUUCAUCCUUGGGCAAGCGAACCUGGUCUUCCCCAGCUUCACCAUUGAGCGCUGGCAAACCGUCCUCGUCACGUACGCCGUGGCUUUCAGCGCUCUCCUCGUCAAUAUCUUCGCACCCCAUCUCCUCAAUCGGCUAUCGCGCAUGAUCCUGAUCUGGAACAUCUGCUCCUUCAUCGUCAUCACUAUUACCCUCCUAGCUACUAACAGGCAUAAGCUGUCGGCCUCUUUUGUUUUUCAGGACUUUCAGAAUUUCACCGGCUUCGGCCAGGCAAUGGCCACCAUUAUCGGUAUCCUGCAAAGCCUUUUUGUGCAGAUGGCCUUCAACUCCAUCUACUUCGGCACGCCACCACCGGAUUCUGUAAGCUCAUCCCCAUUGACGGUACUAAACGCAGAAUACCCCCGUACUAAUUCGCAUUCUUUCAAAGACAUAUCCUACGCCCUUCCCCUCUUGGCCCGCCUGCUCGGCUACGUAACCUCGCACAAAAUCUCCUCAACGCACUUCAAAGGCCCCUUCUCGCUGUCUCUCCCGCUGUCAUUAUCCCUAAACGCACUAGGUCUCCUCUUCCUCCUCUUUGCGUUUGUCACCUUUAAUUUCCCAUCUGAGGCGCCGGUGGAUGACGAAAAUAUGAACUACACUAGUGCAGCGAUUGGCGUUAUUGCGCUGGUUGGUGUGGUAACGUGGGUCACGACAGCGAGUAAGAUGUUUACGGGGCCGGUUGAAGUGAAUGGGGUGAGUGAAAUUACGAUUUCUGAGUUAAAGGGUGGAACUGAAGGCCGGCAUUCUGGGCAUGGCUUUGCCUUGAACAGCGAUAAAGCGAAGGCUGAACCAGGUGUGAGGUAGUUUUGCUAUUCGGUAUUUGAGGGGGUUUGUAGUUUCCCAUAUAAGUGGAUUUGCUCGA